AUGGACGAAGCUCUAGGCAAAGAGUCAACUCAAGCAUUCAGAAAGAAGGACUAUGCGACUGCCGUCUCCGUCCUAAAGACCCUACUCCAAUCCUCGAAUGACACUCGGGUCAUCACCAAUCUAGCCAUUGCCGAAUACUAUUCUGCAAUACAAUCACGAUCUGCUACUCCAUCUUCCCUAGCUGCACUUCAAGCUACCAUAUCCGAUGCUCUGGAAUCUCAUAAAGCUCGUGAUCUGAACAUUCAAUCUACCAGUGCUGGAGUACCGCUCACAUCAUCACCACCACGGAAAUCAUUGGACGAUGACUGGGCUGUAUCCAAUACUGCUACAGAUGAAACUGCUGAUCAUGAGGCUGGUAAUACAGACGAUGACGAAGAUCUGGAUCCUACAAAACUUCCGGCUCUACCACCUCCAGCUUCGGAUUCCGCUUGGACGCGUUAUAAUCGAGCAGGUCUCUUGUUUUACUCAGGGCAAAUAUCCGCUGCUGCCGAGCUAUUGACCCCGUUAUAUGAGCUACAUGUCGAGGCACUUGAUGACUAUAUCGCUAUACGGGUGUUAUUGUUGCUGGCGGAUGUAUGGCUGCGUUUAGACAACCCACAAGGUGUACUUAGGAUUGCUGGGUAUCUAGAACGUAAAUAUGCUCGUGAUCGUGAUAAUGCUGGUGCUGGGAAUGCUGCUCGUCGUCUGUUUGUAAAUAAUGGUGAAGAGGCUACGGACGAUACUACAACGAAUAGUCAUAACAAGCCAGUCCAAUUCUCUGACGAUGAAGAUAUCGAAGAGGAUGUAUAUUUAGAUGACGAUGAUGCGAGUGCUUAUGGCUCAGUGCUUGCUAAAGCUGGUGGAUCUCAAUUCGAGCCAAACUCUAUCAAGUUUGCUGAUGAAGAUACAGCAGAUAGUAUAGGUCUGCAUAAUGUUACCACAUUUGAUGCCAAUAAUAUCCCAACAUCACCUAUUGGUGCUGCAGGAGGAUUAAUCAGAUCAGCAACACCAAUGACAGCAAACGACUCUGAAGGAUCUGAUACAGGAGCACUAUCACCCACAACACCAAUAAUGCCUCUCCUCCCAAUCCCAUCUCCAGAUCGUGAUCCUUUAUAUCGACCAAGUGCAGACGACGCACUCCCAUCAUACCACGUGUCAUUUAGAUAUACUGUACAUAUGCUACGAGGCCGUGCUCUCCUCAUUUCAAAUCGCCCAAAAGCCGCCAACAAUGAAUUCAGACAAGCGAAGCGCUUACAACAACAAUACUUAUAUCAUCAUCAAAAACAUUUUGAAUCUCGUGAUAACGAGCCAGAAUCUCUGGUUAUAGAUGAUCUAUCACCAUGGCAUUAUCAUGCGAAAGGGGAAUGGUUGCUGCAUCAUCCUGAUAAAGCCAUGAGUAAACUUGAUCAGGUUAAAUCUAUGAUGCCGAGACAACACGAGUUUAAAGAAACAGAGCAUUUGAAUCAUGAUGCUCGACCUUGGAGUGACAAGUAUUGGUGGAAUGCGAUGGGUGUGUUGGCUGAAGAGGGUGGUGCGAAAGCAUUGUCAUUGUUGAGUUUUGUUCGUGCUCAUGGAAGGAAUACUGAGCAUGUGAAUGCUAUUACUGACCCAUUACUGCCAUCAUACUUGGACGACUCGCCGAGCAUUAUAUACAACGCUGGGAUUGAAUUACUCGCUGCUCGAAAAACAACACAAGCUUCUGAAUGCUUUAGUACAGUGAUUAGACUCUUACAAGGACAAGAGGAUCCUAGUGUGCCUUUAGCCAAAGUGUGGCUGCGAGCUGGUGAUUGUUGUUUGAUACAUCAGGAGAAUGUUAAAGAUCAAGUAGAAACCACACCAUCAACGCGAUCUGUCCGUGUCGGAGGAUUUCGAAUAGCUGUGUUAGCUCCUCGUAGACCGCCGAUGAGUGAAGAUACAGAAGACGAGUCACCGCUAUCAUAUUCAUACGCCAUCCAAUGCUUCAAAAACGCAUAUGUGCUGACUGAUGGUCAGGUGAAGCAACAAGCUGAUUCUGGUGUGAAACUUGUUAUGGUUGCUGCGCUCAGUGGAUGGACAUACUCGACUCUUAUGUGUGGUAUUGCUUCAGAAGCGUAUGGAUUGGCUAUUCUCGCUAUGGAUGUUGCGGAAAAGGAAGAAGAUGCGGCUACGGAUGAGUCCGAGAAGAGUUUUAUCCAUCAGCAUACACAUAUGGCACGACUGUAUGCUGCACGUGCACUACUGGACUUGGAUCGAGCAGAUGAAGCUGCCACCUUGUUACAACCGUUCGUGGAAACCGAUUCGAAUGCCAAACGAGCAUAUAUUGUGGCAUUGUGUCGUGCCGGACGUACAUCUGAAGCAUCUACUGAACUCAAGAAUAUGUCUCGUAGUAGUAACAAUGGACAGUCAUCAAGGAGGGGUGUUGAUGAUGAUGAGACAUUGAGGGCGUGGAUGGCUGGUCAACAGAUUUGA